AAAUUUAAAAUAAAAAAUAAAAAAUAAAAAAAUCAGCCCUUUUCUCUCCUUCUAUUUUGUGUCUCUAUAAACUGAGCGACCGUCUUCUGCAGUGAGUUUUAGCUCCAUUGACAUCUUGCCAUUGUUUUCAGGCAUUUCAAAGUAAAGAUGUCAUCUUCUCUGGCUUCGAAGUUAUCUCGUGGGGGCCGAUCAUUGCUAGGUGGUCUAACCAAUGGUAGUGGCUCUAGUUUACUGAUAUCUACGUGUGAGACCACAGGCAACCACCCCCAUCCCCAGGUGUUGCAGCAGCUAAGGACUUUCAUUCAGAUGAGGACAAAGCUUACAGUUGUUGAUAACUCUGGAGCUAAACAGGUAAUGUGUAUACAAGCUCUAAAGGGAAGGAAAGGAGCAAGAUUGGGAGAUACUAUAGUAGCUUCAGUGAAAGAAGCUCGUCCUGGGGGGAAGGUAAAGAAAGGAGAUGUUGUACGGGCUGUUGUUGUGAGAGCUGCCAUGCAGCGAGGUCGCUGUGAUGGAAGUGAGGUCAAAUUCGAUGACAAUGCUGUGGUGAUUCUUAACAAGCAAGGUGAGCCUGUAGGGACCCGAGUGUUUGGCCCAGUCCCACAUGAGCUAAGGAAGAAAAAGCAUCUCAAGAUUCUUACAAUGGCCCAACAUCUUGCAUGAUCAAAUUGUGACCAUAAGUUUUAUUUUUUAUCUCGUCGUUUUUAUGGCGAAUGUUCACUCUUUUGUAAGAUAACUGUAAGGUAGAUUGAAGAAUUUCUUAGUUUUAUUUGAUUGUCAACUUAUCAUAAAAGUAUCAUAAACUUGAAAUGUGAUGGCUACAGAAACAAUUUUUGCCCUGAAGCUGUUGAUGCUUUUUCUAAUUCUCAUUGAUUAGUCUGGUGUUGACUGUUUAGGUUUC